AUGCUACUCCCAGUCCCCGUUUCAAGACCGUGGUACCACGACGAGAACACCUUCCCGUUUGCCAAUCUCCCCUCAAAAUCCACUUUGCUGAAAUGCUCAAGCGUGGCGUCGACAUCCAACGACUCGGAAAAUGAGUGGGACUCGCCGAGCUACACGCCUUCCGCCAGAGCACUCGGUCGACUUUUUGCGCCUCAUGACUUCGAUAUUCUCGAAUCUCUUGGAGAGGGUUUCUUCAGUUUCGUGCACAAGAUACGGGUGCGGACGACCGGCGAGCUGUUCGUCUUGAAGGUGGCGAAAGGAGGAGGCAGUCGACGGGACGAGCAUACGACAAUCGCCCGCGAGAUGUCAAUCCUUAGACGACUCUCUCAUCAUAGCGUCCUCGGGCUACGCGGCGUCUGCGUCGAAAGGAGCAAAUUUGGCUGGGAUGUGCACCUUCUGACAGACUAUUGCGACGGCGGCAGCUUGCAACGGGUGCUACUCGAUGCCCAGCGCCCAAUGAGAUGGGCUGAGCGAAUUGCGUACGCGAUCGACAUCUCAGAUGCGCUUGACCAUCUGCAUUCGAGACGUAUCAUCCACCGCGAUCUCACCAGCAUGAAUGUGCUGCUUCGGAAGCGUGUAAACGGCCCUCAGAAUCCACCAUCCUGGGACCGCGCAAUAGUGUCCGAUUUUGGUCUUUCUUGCGAAUUCCCGCGCGAUGAUGAGAUCCUACCGCAAGUGGGAACAACGUACUAUAUGUCGCCGGAAUGCCUCAACGAGAAGUACUACAACCAGCAAACGGACGUCUUCUCCUACGGUCUCAUUCUGUGCCAACUGAUAGCCCGUAUUGAUGCGGACCCCGAAUGUGGCCUGCAUAGGACCAAGAACUUUGGGCUCAAUUAUGUUCGAUUCGCCACCUAUUGUCCGCCCGAUACGCCGUUGAGCCUUCUGAAAUUGGCAUUCAGUUGCUGUCUGAUGAAUCCAGACUCAAGGCCGUCUUUCGAAAAAAUAAGUCGAGAAUUGGAGCAGAUGAAACUCUCGCGACCGCCCUCGCCUGGAAUCCUUCGCAAGCUGCAAGCAAAUGCUCGAGUUACAAGAUCUCGUUCGGAUGCGGCGCUAAGACGUGCCCCAUCUUUGCGCCUUCGUGGUUCAAAAGCUGCCUGUCUCGCGACGCGCUGUAUUUACCCUGUCUCGGAAGGGGUGCCAAUAUCAAAACCACCAACGACAUCUGCGGUCGAAGAAUUGGCGCGGAAUUUCGUCCCCGAGCGGUCGACAGAGCAAAUGGAGUCGUCCGGAAAUCCGUUUCUCACUGAUGAACGGUUCCGCGAGCGGAAGUUGGUCGGUCCGCAUCGUUGUCGGAUGAGUAGUAGCAGCACGGGUGCGAUGCAAUCAUCCCUGCGGCAAUUGAUCCGCCGGUGUGCGUCGCUACCUACAGGCAUUGAACAGCUGCUGCCGUUGGAUGAAGACGACAACUUCGCCCCCGUUGAGGAGGGAAGCGGUCCUGGGGCGAUUCCGAUGGCAUUUAGGGACUCCGAUAUGGUGUUCAUGGAUCGGGCGAAGCCUGUAUGCAGAAAGGGCCAUCUGGAAAUUCAGCCUGGCCACCACACCACCCACAGCCACCGGUUCUGGGAAGCCCAGACAGCAGCGUCCGCUCCGCAGGCCAUGACUCCAACAGACUCCUCCAUAACAUCUCCAGUGGUAUUGCAAGGGUGGUUUACGCAA